GAGGAAUUAUUAGCUGGUGAAGAAGUUGCCACUUGCCCAAGCUGUUCCUUGAUUGUUAAAGUGAUAUACGAUUUAGAAGCAUUUGAAAAGGCACAAUCAGAAGUUAAAAAUCUUACAGACGAUCUAAAGAAAUUAAAAGUCUAAAUAAAAAAUGAGUGGUAGAGGAAGAGGUGGACGUGGAGGACGAGGUGGUAACACGAAGUCCUUCAAUAGAGAACAAUUAAAUGCUUUAGGGGUUGGUGGUAAUGAAGUCUUACCAGGUCCUGUAACUCAGCCGCCACCUCUUUACCCUCUUCUAGACAGAAGACCAGUGCCUAUAAAUCCUUCGUUAGAAAUGGACUAUCUUCUCAUAUUAAGGCAGGAUUUCAUAGACCACAUGCAGUUGUCGGGUUCAUAUAUCAAAUUGCCAAAAAAUAAAAAUAACCAACCAGAACAAGAAAUAGACAAAUUGGUCGCUCAAUUACCGACUGUUAAAGAGAAGUAUGACUGGGCAUUAUUUCCAUCUGAACUAAGGCCUAAAAUGUUAGCGAAAAGAAUUAAAAAGAAAGUUGUCAAGGAAGUUAAUGUAGAACAAAGACUUACAUUAUUAGAGAAAUUAGAAGAAAAAUCGGAGAAUGCUGAAGUACCAGCAAAUAAUGUGGGUGAUGAUGAAGUAGAAGAAAUUGAAGAAAUCGAUGAGGAUGAAGAAAUGGAUGAUGGGACAGAUUAUGCAAAUAAUUAUUUCGACAAUGGCGAAGCCUACGAAGAUGAGGACGACAAUCUAGAAGACGGUCCAAUUUAUUAACUCAGUUGUAUUAUAUGUAUAUAAACAUAAAAUGUAUAUAUUAAGUUUUACACAAUAUAUGUUUUAUCAAA